AGGUCAACUCCUUUGUUGGCGCCUUCCAUGACGCCGUCCUGCUCUACGCUCUAGCACUCAAUGAGACCCUGGCUGAAAACGGCUCCAUCUCUGAUGGGGAUACCAUAACUAAGAAAAUGUGGAACAGAACGUUUGCUGGUGAGUCAGAAUUUUGUCAUUGACAUCCUUCUUUAAACAAAAUAUAUGCUCGUCAUAUAGGCCCCUAAUGCAGUAUCUAAAGGUAUAUAAAUAUCGAUAUAUUUAAAUAUUGAACUAAUAAUAAUAAUAAUUUUUAAAUUAUCUGUAAAUUCAAAAGUUUAGUUUUACGGAAUUCCGAUUUAUGUUUUUUUAAUUUUUUUUUAGAUAUUAAAAAUGUAAAUUUGUUUAUAAAAAAAAUAAUAACACUUUUAUUUGGUUUAAUAAUAUACAGAGACACCGGCAUUUAUUUUAUAGACAUAUUAGAGAAGGGUUCCCAAGCUGGGGGGGUGCGAGCUGGCAUUUCAGAGGGUGUAAAGAAAGUGAAUAUAAGUAAAGAGAAACCAUUGCCUUUCGAAUUAAGAUAACAAUAGCGAUAUAUUUGUUGUUUUUGUUGUUGUUCAAUAUCCGCAUUAACAUUUUCCUUUUGUAAUAAACCAGAGAUUUUUUAAUCUAAAUUCUAAAAUUCUCUUUUUAAUCCAAUUUUAUUUUGUAUUAUUUUUUUUUUAAAUAUUAGGAGUCAAUUAGGAGUCCAUUUUUAUAAUUAUAUAUAGUUUUUUUUUACAAUUUAAAAUGCAUUGUUAUAUUUUGUAUACUUGCGAGACUUAGUCAAACAGAUUGCAGACGUGCACAAUAUCAAAAAAGUUUGGGAAACCAUGCUAGAGGCUACAGAGUAUAACCAUAAAGGAUAUGGAUGUUAAUAUGAAGUUUUGUAAAACAAAUGAAGACCAAAUAACAAGAACUCAAGACAUCUUGGGGAUUUAAAAUAAAUUGUAUAAAAAAACUAAACAAAUAUCGAAUCUCGUAUUGAAUGACGUAAGGAAGUCGAGUGACCUAAGGAAGACCAAGGUACAGAACUCAUGACGGCAAAUAAAGGGGCCAGCAUUGAGAUCGUAUCACGCUAACGUGUCAGUCAGGACCAGGGCCAGGGCCAGGAGGGGGAGUAUUGACUGGGAGGAAUAAUUAUGGGAUACAAAAGUAUGCGAACAAUCUGUGUGGAAAGAUUGAUCGAACAAUCUGUGUGGAAAGAUUGAUCGAACAAUCUGUGUGGAAAGAUUGAUCGAACAAUCUGUGUGGAAAGAUUGAUCUAACAAUCUGUGUGGAAAGAUUGAUCGAACAAUCUGUGUGGAAAGAUUGAUCGAACAAUCUGUGUGGAAAGAUUGAUCGGAGAAGGCGUCAUGUUAGAGGAUGGACAAAAAGAAAGACAUUUUUACAUCUUUGGAAGUCAAGAAAAUAUUUUAUUUUUUUUUUUAAUUGAAAAAAAUAUAGGCGUGACUCACAAUCUUUCCCUUUUGAAAUUCUUCUUCCAAACAAUCAAGCUCCCUUCAUUCCCAUCAAACAUAGCAGAGCCUAUACGCAAUAUGCCCUGUGUCCAAUACGUGAAAUGCAUUCUCCAGUAUGAGAAAGCUACAUAUUCUAGAACAGAGGUUCCCAAAAAUUUUUGCAGCGAGUCUGCCAAAAUAAUAUUAAACGUGCGUUCCAAGAUUACACUAUCAUUAGCUCGGUGGCAGCAGUUACAAUGUAAAUGUGCAGCAAUGAUGGUCUAUCUAUAUCAAAAGCGCGUUUUUAUCACAUAAUUUUAAUUAUGUUUCUUCACACUUUAACAUAAGGAAAAUUAUGGAUUGCAAUGUAAUUUGAACAGCUAAAAGAGCAAUUUAUGCUAAUAUAAAUACAGAAUACACAGACUUGUCGCUAGUAUUUCCAAUUUUCUAACUACUCUAGUAUAGGUGCAACUCGUCAAUUCCCCCACCCCCCUUUUUUAAUUCUGAAAAAAAAGGGUAGGGGUUAAAAAGUAGCGUCUAUCAAUAUUGGCACUUUGUAGUAAUAGCCUACAUAUCUUUUUUUAGCAUCGGGGCACGGCGACGUUCCAUUAUCGCCUCACGCUCCAUUACUGUGAUUGCAUUAUAGAUUUCUACUAUUUCUGAUCGAACCAAUAUUUGCAUGGGGCAAUACAUUGAGGAUUACACCGCCCCGAUUUAUGACUGCUAUCUCACUACACACUGUCAACAACGGUCCUAACGAUUACAAUACUCCUGAGAAAAUCUCUACAGUAAAUACAUUGAAAAGAUAGAUACUUCAUCUAUAAAAUUAUAGUAAUUAAUUUUAACCAUAUUUCUGCAAGCUUUUAUAUCUUCUUUCCACACAUUAGCCUUUUAGUUUCAGAUUAUAUUUUCUUGUGGAUGGAUAGUAAAAGGUGUUUAUUUUUUUGUGACUAUAAAAAUAAAGUAUAUUAUAAUCAUUCCAGGAAUAACUGGAAAUGUUAGCAUCGAUGCUAAUGGGGAUCGAAAUGCUGAUUACUCUUUGCUGGAUCUUAACCCCGAAACGAAUAAGUUCGAGGUAAGAAUUUUUUUGAUAUUCAUGCAUUAAACAUUGUUUUGCUCUCUGUAGUCAUUAUUGUGUAACACUGGAGUUAUAAAUAUGAUGAGUAGGGCCUAAAUUGGAUUUAUCUUGACUUCACAUAUACCGAUAUUAUAUUAUAUAUUACACAAGUAAUUACCAAUCUAAUUAUUUUGACAUUCUUACUUUUUAAUAUUCUUCAAUUAUUUUUUUUAUCCAGGUUGUUGCCAAUUAUUUUGGGAAUAAAAGAAAAUAUGAACCAGUUCCCAACAAAACGAUACACUGGGCCGGCGGUAGGUUGGGUCCACCUCCUGAUACAC